CCUGUCCGGCAGUAGCGUGGCGGCCGGGCCCGGCUUUGUCGUCUCGCUGCACCCAGCUAAGAUGGCGGCCAUGUGGGAGGCGCUGGCGAGCUCAAUGCUGCACGCCGCACAUCCCGUCCUCACGAACCCAAAGCCGCGAUACGGCGCUCCCGGCAAGGGCAAGAGCAACAGCAGAGCAACGGCAAGGCGGCAAGCUGGCAGGCAAGCAGAAGCCGCAGCAGCAGCUCCGGCGAUGGCGCAGCGGACGCAAAGGGGAAGCAGGGGCGGCAACAAAAACAGCAGCAGCAGCAAAAAGCCAAGCAGGCGCAGGCGCAAGCCAGGUUGCAGGAUUGCUCAGGCCAGGCCAGGUUGCAGGAUUGCUCAGCCAGCGCCGCCUGCAACGCGCAGCUCCCAGCCGUGAUGCGUGCCAACCGGCGGCACCCCCCAUGUACAUGAUCAGCAUCCAUGUGCAGCUUCUUGGCCAGCCGGCCCCCAAGAAUGCGCGUACCCAACGUCGAUGGCCGCCCACGUCUAUGGCCACCCACGUCGAUGGCCGUAUUUGUUACUACAGUAUGGCUUUCCGUACAACUGCCAGCGCCUGGUUGGAGUUGUACCCAACUGUGACCCCCGACUCUAGAACGGCUUGGGGGUUUGCUUGCCGUACACGGGAUAGUCGGAGCUGUCUUUAUUUAUAUAUACCACAAGGAGUUUGAGGAUGACAGUGCGCGGCUGCCGCCGCCGCAGCAGCAGGCCCAGGAGGUGCUGCUGGCGCAGCAUGAGUGGUAUCCUUAGCGUGGCGGCCGCAUGCAGCGGGCCUGGCGGCUGUGGGGCAGGGGCGAGUAGAGCUGGCGGUGUCCCGCAUACAUCGACGCGGCGCUGGGACGCUGCGUCUGGGCGGUGAGUGGGAGCACAAGGCAGGAUAAGGAGCGCGUGCUGCUAGGCGGCUCUCAGCCGCUGCCCGCCGGGGCUGGUGCAGGCGCGGUGCUCAGGAACACGUCGCAGUGAUGCGCUGCUGUUGCUAUAGAUUGUAAUCAACUUUCCCC